AUGGCAGUUGCAGAUAUUACGAAAAAAAUCGUCAAGUCAUCAUUUGAUGCAUUAGAUGAUGCGAAGGUGUACGACCAUAUUCUGUCAUAUAUACUAAAGAAACAUGAAUUCGAGCUGAGCUGCAUCUCCGAUCCCGAUGUGCGAUAUAAUAUCGUGUCUCAAAGAGCCUCAGCUGCUGUUGAGGACUUCGGUAUUAUCGAGGAGUUAGUUAACUUCUUAAACGGAUUCGGCCUGUCAGAUUGUUUAAAGCGGCUUGAAGAAGAGAAAUUCCGAUUAAUAAAGAAACAACAUGAACUGUUUGAUCAGAUUACUACAUUGUCCAAGGAUCUUGUAUCUUUGCAGCUAUCUGCAUUCGGACACGAGGAAUUCAAGAUUGAAAUCCCACGGAGGUCUUUACCCUGUCUUCCCAAAGAGACCCUGGCUGUGGGGUCCAAAAUGAUUGAACUGAAUUCGUCGAGAGCCGCUCAGGUAAAAUCGUGGCGGUCAGUGCAGCCGAACGAACUUACGUUGGGAUUGCGCGGUAGUGUUGGUCAAAUUGUCCUUGUCCGUUUGCCGGAUGGAACUUGGUGCCCCGGCACUAUUUGUCAAAUUCUUUAUCGCGAAGAACCUCUUUCUUUGAUCGACCUUAAUCAGCAUCUCAACGCUGGUGGCACAACUCUUUCGAACGAACGACAUCGUUCAGAGACGAAGUCGGAUUGUAACGUCAGAUUCCUAGUUAAUGUCGACAUAUCACCACAUCGUCAAUAUCGUGAUACUGUCGACCCAACCAAGGUCGCAGUUUCAUUCUCUGCUGAAAAUCUGCUUCAGAAAUAUCCUGUUGGAGCUCGCGCAGUUGCCCUUUACCAGGACGACAAUGGAGGAACCGCCUACUAUUCAGGCAUUAUUGCAGAACCUCCGAACGAGCGCAACAGUUAUCGAUAUUUAAUCUUCUUUGAUGAUGGCUACGCAUACUACGCGCAACCAAAGUGUAUUUUCAGAGUCUUUGCCCAAUCUAAGGAUAAUUGGAAAUCAUUUCUUCCGGAUACUCAGGAUUUCAUCAAACACUACCUAGCCCAGUAUCCUCAGACAUCAGAUUCUGGAAACAACACCAGUUGCCAACCGGUUGAAGUUGACUAUGCAUCGGUCGAAGCCUCAUUGGCAAGCGCGCAUGCACCUCGUCAAAAGAAACGAAAGUCGGCCACUGGGCGGGGCAUUUCUGGUGUUGGCAAGAAGUGCAUCCCACACGUCGCCAGUGGCUCGCUCCCGCCGGAUCCCGCAGCACCCACCAAGCACCCCUCAGUCAAGGAGGCCGAGGAGUCCGGCCGCGUUGUGCCCUACCUCGACUCCUUCAUCAAAACGCUUCACAUAAAAGCCUACGUUGAUCAUAAGUGCGUAGCUGGUUGCCUGAAGGCUCUCAACGUAUCCGACGAUCCAUCAUCGGGUUAUCGGUCGGAAUCACCUUUCGAUUACCGAGGUCUGAAUCCCCUCGAAAUCCCUAUCCGUUCGGGUUGGCUUAGGGUGUAUAUCAAAGCUACGCCAGCGGCUGACCGGCGUGACGGUAUUGGCUACAUAGCUCCAUGCGGCCGUCAGAUACGCAGCUUCUCAGAAUUGGACCACUUUCUGCACCAGACCGGCAGUCAGUUGACCUCAGACCUCUUCUGCUUCGAUAAAGACAUUAUCAUCAACGCAGAAUUCCGUUGUGAGAAAGCCUUCACGCGAAUCGCAGAUCUGUCAUAUGGGAAGGAGAACGUGCCGGUGCCGUGUGUAAAUAGUGUCGACAACGAAUCUCCCUCCUUUAUUGACUACAUUACUAAUCGACAGCCCGUUGGCAGUGUUGUCAUUAAUGAGGAUCCCAAUUUCCUCGUCUGUUGCGAUUGCACCGACAACUGCCGCGAUCGAACCAAAUGCACCUGCCAACAACUUACGAUUGAGGCAAGCGCGUUCUCCAGUUCAAAGGGCAUGGUCGACUUUUCGGUGGGUUAUCGCCACCGAAGGCUAUCACAAUUUACGAUGGGUGGCAUCUACGAGUGCAACUCCAAUUGCAAGUGUGAUCGACGUUGCCAGAAUCGGGUUGUCCAACAUGGCGUUUGGGCUCGCGUCCAGGUGUUCAAAACUAACAGAAAGGGGUGGGGUAUCCGUGCACUGAACGCAAUUCCCAAGGGAUCAUUCAUCUGCACCUACGCUGGAGCAAUCUAUGACGACAGCACGGCAGUAAAUGAGGGGUAUGACUUCGGUGAUGAGUAUCAAGCCGAAUUGGAUUACAUAGAAACAGUGGAAAAGCAUAAAGAGGGGUACGAGCCCUAUGCAAUUGAACCAGAAGAUGAUUCAGAUUUCGAUCCAUCUUCAUCCGUGGCUAGCACAACUCUUCGUAGCACUUCCUCAACUGCAACAAAAAAGAAGAGGGGGCGUGGUCGGCCACGUCGAAAUUCCUCAUCUUCAGUCUCUUCAUAUUCUACCUGUUCGUGUGCCUCUCCAAUGGUCGCGUCUGCAGAACUGAGUGAGAAGCAGUCCACGGAUCUCACAAAACGGUUACAUGAUAAAAAUGUUGAGAUUAAUAAUUAUGUACUGUUAUCUGCGGGAGCGACUGUCUCUGGUGCAAAUGUGCAAGAUGCUAAUGAAGAGGGACACCACAAUUUCUGCGAGCACCAAGCAGGUGUGGAACUAGGCUUAAGAGACGAAUGCAAGACACCUGAGUCCUCUCAACUGGCUUCUCAGUCUGUUGACCUGGAUUCCAGGGAAAUAGCCAAUGAGAACCCCAAAACUGCCCUCAACGUUGACUGUUCAUUGCAACUUGCUCAAUCUGUUGGUCAGAAUGUCUCAGAUAGAGAUGGGAUACAAUCAGAAAAUGCUCAAGUCAUAGCCACAACGACCAUGCAGCCAUCGCCUUCUACCGUUGAUCUUUGUGUACCUACUCAAUCCAAUGAGAGUCUCGUUUGUGGUUGUGACGUAAAGCCUAGUGAAUCGCUUAUUUUGGCAACCACAAUGGCUUCUGAGUUGUCUCUGCUCCAAAAUAAAGCCAUUAAUGUUGGUGAGCUUUCUGACCAAGAUAUGCCGAGGGGUAUGAAUAUGUGUGAAUCUGGAGUUAUUGACUUGCGCGAUAUCCGCGACUCUCCAGGUGAUCCAUCAACCCGUGAAAAUAUACAAGUUUUGGGCGGAGUUACUCAUGCCGAUGCUGUUUCUUCGUGUACCGAAAUCAACAAUCUAGAGACUGUUGGUGUCGUUAGCUCGAAAUCCAACCCCACCCCAAAGAACUGCAAAGCGGCCUACACUAAAAUAGAAACUUCGCGUGAAUCUGUUAAAACUGGUACUGUCGAAGAGGCUCCCAAAAUUUUACCUGGUCCUUCUUUAAUUCUCCAACCUGAAGUUAUUACUCGUGCUGGGGUUAUGAAUUCCGAAACAAACAUUCACUCUCGUGAUCUCCAAGUGCAGACUCAUUACUGCUCAAGUGAAAGAGUUGAAUCAUCCACGUGUGACCCGUCAAUUUCUUCACGGGUUGAUGAGGGAAAAUCAAAAUUAUGCCACGAGAAUAAACACCGUGGUACAACCGGCAUUCCGGGACAUUCUGUAGUGGAAAACACGGAUAAUCCACCCACAAAAUGUCCACGGAAUGCAGAAACUCUCAUCGGUAACAGUGAUUUAGAGAAACCCAGUUUUGAAAUCGUUGGUACUCCGUCGUCUUCCACUGAUCGUGGCAUGUCCUUUUCUCCUCCACAGCAUGAUUAUCAAACAGUAUCUUCAGAAUCGAGUCAAGUUAAUACAAAUAGCAGUGCUAUUAAUGUCGAAGUCAUGAAAUCGGAUGCUUCUACUGGCAGUCGUGGAGCUCAAAUUGAUAUUGAAAGCCCACUAACACCAUCAAGCACAAGUACCAGCCCGAUAGGGAGCAGUUCUGCCCACGUGAACACAAUCAGUAUUGAAUUUUCCGCCUCCUCAGGAACUGAACCUAUCACAGCCAAUCGAUGCCGAGAGCCUGCUAAAGAUGGUGAUCUUAACGUCGCAGAUAUUCCGGUAAAGAAGUUAUUGCUUCCCCCAUUCAGUACAGCAGCUCCUGGUCUGUCGUCGUGCCACGGGGUUUCUAAUCUGUGUGAGAUCAUGAGCCGUACCUCCUUCAACCGACUUCCUCUUGUUCGCCUGACAAGAGUCCAAGAACGACCAAAUCGCCAUACUACCCAGCCUUCUCUUAGGCGCUCGUAUCGACGCACUCGGGGUGGUGGUCGUCGAGAUUGCAAUAAAGACUGGUUGACACAGACACGCAGGACGUCAUCCGCGGAAGCGAGCCAGGUGGCAGUUGCUUCAAGUCACAAUCGACAACCAGUGGUUGACCCCACGCAACCCCGUCAAGUUCUCAUUUCUAAUCUCAAGAAAUCAGCUUCCAGUGCGCUCUCACGGUCUUCUUCCACUUCGAACCUGAGCCUCCAUGCCUCCAAUCCAUCAAACUCAAGCGAACCAAAGAGAUCAAGUUCAGCCGUGGACCUCCUUAGGGCUAAUCAGCCACUCUCCAAGCACGGUGAUCGCCGCCACCGAAAGCGGACUCGUGAAGUCCACUCUUCGUUGGCGCAGUCGACUGCGGCAGCGUCAUCGGCACCAACAGUGACGCCUUGGGCCAAUCGCCGCUUCUACCCGAUUGCCCAGAAAGACUGGUUGCCGGCCCGACGCUACUUCGGCGAUGAGGAGCCCUUCGUUAUGGAUGCUAAGAAGAUGGGCAACCUGGGUCGCUACUUCAACCAUUCCUGCGAGCCCAAUGUCUUUGUCCAAAACGUCUUCAUCACAACUCACGACCCAAGAUUCCCCGAGGUGGCCUUCUUUGCCAAAAGGAACAUCGCAGCGGGCGAGGAAAUGACUUGGGACUACGGCUACAUCGUGGACGCCGUGCCCUACAAGGUGCUUUACUGUUACUGUGAAGAACCUUCUUGUCGCAUUAGACUUUUGUAG